AAAGUAAUUUCGUUGAACUUUUCAAACUUUGACAUUUCUCCGUCUCUAUAUCACUCAACAACUGUUGUCAUUAGUACCAUUUGCAAUUUCCUCCUUCCACAAAAGACUUAUCCUCUCACAUGGCUUCUUCCUCUUCUUCUCGGCCACGCACAUGGAGAUACAGUGUCUUCACGAGCUUCCACGGACCAGACGUCCGUAAAACCUUUCUCAGUCAUCUACGCAAACAGUUUAACAACAAUGGCAUUUCGAUGUUCGAUGAUCAGAGGAUCGAGAGAGGCCAGACCAUUGCCCCUGAACUCAUAACAGCCAUUAGGGAGUCGAGGAUCUCGAUCGUGGUGCUCUCUAAGUACUAUGCCUCUUCAAGCUGGUGUUUAGAUGAGUUGGUGGAGAUUUUCAAGUGCAAGGAAGAUAAGAACCAAAUAGUGAUGACGGUCUUUUACGGUGGAGUAGAUCCAUCCGAUGUGCGGAAACAAACCGGAGAUUUUGGGGAUGUUUUCAAGAAAACUUGUGCUCGUAAAACCGAAGAGGAGAGGCGUAAAUGGAGUCAAGCUUUGACAUAUGCUGGCAACAUAGCCGGUGAACACUUUCUUAACUGGAGCACGGUGACUUCGAUGAUUGAAAAGAUUGCUAGAGAUGUUUCCAACAAAUUAAAUGCUACUGUCUCUAACGAUUUUGAAGACAUGGUUGGCAUUGAAGCACACUUGGAGAAGAUGCAGUCUUUUUUACAUUUAGAUGAUGAGGAUGGAGUGAUGCUUGUUGGGAUCUGUGGCCCUGCAGGCAUUGGUAAGACCACUAUUGCCAGGGCUUUACAUAGCCGACUCUCUAGCACUUUCCAGCUUUCUUGUUUUAUGGAGAAUCUUAGAGGAAGCUGUAACAAUGGUCCUGACGAGUAUGGAUUGAAGCUGCGUUUACAAGAGCUGCUUCUGUCAAAGACUCUAAACCAAAAUGGUAUGAGGAAAAACCAUUUAGGUAUGAUGCGGCAAAGGCUAUGUGACCAGAAAGUUCUUAUCGUUCUUGAUGAUGUGGAUGAUCUGCAGCAGCUUGAAGCUUUGGCUAAUGACACUAACUGGUUUGGUCCUGGAAGCAGGAUUAUCGUAACCACAGAAGAUCAAGAGCUUUUGGAGCAAUUUGGUAUCCACAAUACAUACCACGUGGACUUUCCAACUACGGAAGAGGCUUGUAAGAUCCUUUGUAUGUAUGCUUUUAAGCGGAGCUGGGCACCAUAUGGUUUUGAAAAGCUUGCCGAAAGAGCAACGGAGCUUUGUAGUAACCUUCCAUUGGGUCUCCGUGUCAUGGGUUCAAUGUUACGCGGAAAGAAAGAAGAGGACUGGGAAGGUUUAUUGCAUAGGCUAGAAAAGAGGAGUAUACCAAAGAUCAAUGCAGUACUAAGAGUUGGAUUUGACAGUUUACAUGAGAACGAUCAAACUCUGUUUCUCCUCAUAGCAGUCUUCUUCAAUUACGCAUACGUUGAUCAUGUGAAAGCAAUGCUCGCAGACAGUAACUUGGAUGUCAGAUUUGGGUUAAAAACCCUCGCCUAUAAAUCUCUCAUACAGUUAUCGAUCAACGGAGAAAUAGUGAUGCACAAGUUAUUACAGAAAGUGGGUAUACAAGCAAAUAAAAGUCAGGAGCCUUGGAAACGUAAAGUCCUAACUGAUACGGAUGAUAUUCUCGAUGCUCUAGAAAACGAUUUUGGUUGUAGUGGAAGUUUGAUGGGGAUACGUUUUGAUAUAUCUACAAUCAAAGACAGCAUAGAAAUAAGCCCAAGAGCUUUGAAAAGAAUGCGUAAUCUACGAUUUCUCCGGAUCUACAACACAAGAUGGGAUGGAAAUAAUAGAGUGCAUGUACCCGACGACAUGGACUUUCCACCUCGUCUGAAGUUAUUACAUUGGGAGGAAUUUCCAGGAGCGUGUCUUCCUCAUACACUUAGACUGGAAAAUCUUGUGGAACUCGAUUUCGGAAAUAGCAAGCUCAAGCAUUUGUGGAAAGGAACCCAGCCUCUUGGAUAUCUUAAGAAGCUGAAUUUGACCGCGUCAUUUUAUUUGGAGGAACUCCCGGAUCUUGCGAAGGCUACUAAUCUCGAGAUUUUGGACGUGAGUCAAUGCGAGGGUUUGGUAGAGAUUCAUUCCUCUGUUGGAAAUCUUCAUAAACUAGAGAGCUUGGAAAUGGGUCUAUGUAGUAACCUAGAGGUUGUUCCGAGUCUCUUCAACUUGGCAUCUCUUGAACUAGUCGGGUUAGUGGGAUGCGACAAAUUGAGGAAACUCCCAGAUAUUCCCCCGACCGUCGCAGAACUCACAAUCGUAGACACGAUGCUAGAAGAAUUUACCGCAUCGAUUAGACUCUGGUCUCGUCUCGACUGUCUCAUAAUAGUUGGCGGUGUCAUUCCAAGUGUAUUUUGGACAAAGCCACAUGUAGUAAAAUUGAUGGUAGAGAGAAGUGGCGCAGAUAUUGAGAGAAUUCCAGAUUGCUUCAAAGAUCUUAAGAGCUUGGAAGAGCUUUCUAUAUUCGGAUGUCCAAAACUUGUAUCACUACCAGAGUUUCCAAGGUCGCUCAAGGUACUAUGGGUACACAACUGUGAAUCACUGGAGACACUAGUAACUUUCCCUUUUGACUCUCAGAUUGAAAAGCUCUAUUUCACCGACUGCUUAAAAUUAAAAUUGGAUGAAGCUGAAGCAAGGAGAAUAAUUGUCCAGCAGCGAUCAUGUCAGGCAUUCUUACCAGGAAGAGAGAUACCUGAAGAGUUCAAUCACCGGGCUAUAGGAAACUCCUUGACCAUCAGUUCAAAUGCCUUCUUCGGAUUUAAGAUGUGUGUCAUGGUUUCCCAUAUAUCAGAGAUGGAUAAUGCUUUCGAUGUAGAAUUAAUGUGCCGCAUAAGCAUAAACGGUUGCCCCACGGAGAAUUGCAUAUUUUCUAUUCCCAUUAGAGUCCAAUCCGAACAUCUGGCUAUAUUUAAAACCGGAACUACUCUUAGGAAAGACGAACAGUUCAGCGAGAUAUUGUUUGAAUUCAGCUGCUCAUCCCAGGACUUGGCAAUUGUUGAAUGUGGUGUCCAGAUCCUGCAGGUAGAAGCAACCAAUUCAGAACUCCUGUCGGAAACCGACGAUGGAAGUCUCUCUGAUGAGAGCUUUGAGUUGGACGAAUCACCAGUAGAGAUCGUUGAGGAUUUGCAUGGGAGCCUUGAGUCAUAUGAUGAUGCAUCACGACUAGAGACCACCCAUGAUGAUUUAUUUCCUCCCACUUUAUUUUCCUUCGGAUUUUGAUUCCUAGUUUUUUAUUUUGUAUUUUUUUUUCCUUUCAUAGUAUGUCACAUCAUAGUAUUUCUGUACUAGUUUUAAGACUCCAGUAAUGUUAUCUUGUUGUGAUUGACUUGGCCAUUACAAAA